CAAAUGCCCACCCUUCAAUUUUCACAUAAUCUAAUCCUCUAUCCUUUUAAUUUUUGUCUUUAUUCUUCAUUUUUGUACUACACUUAUUUUUAUAUCACCAAAAUUUGUGCAACUCUUGUUUCCCUUCCUUGGUUUUAUAUCCCCCAAUUAUUUGUCAUCUCUGGGUUUCUUCCUCACUCUCCCCCAGAGAACCAACUUCAAGAGUUCAAUACUAAGGGGGGUGGGUUUAAAUAUAUUAGCAGAAGAUGGAGAUCACAAAUGUGAACGAGUAUGAGGCCAUUGCAAAGCAGAAAUUGCCAAAGAUGGUGUAUGACUACUAUGCAUCUGGUGCAGAAGACCAGUGGACUCUUGCUGAGAACAGAAAUGCUUUCUCCAGGAUCCUGUUUCGCCCACGUAUCCUUAUUGAUGUAACCAACAUCGACAUGACUACAACUAUCUUGGGAUUCAAGAUCUCAAUGCCUAUCAUGAUAGCCCCAACUGCCAUGCAAAAGAUGGCACACCCUGAAGGGGAGUAUGCGACUGCCAGAGCAGCAUCAGCAGCUGGAACUAUCAUGACACUGUCCUCAUGGGCUACAUCAAGUGUGGAAGAGGUUGCUUCAACAGGACCAGGCAUCCGAUUUUUCCAGCUCUAUGUAUACAAGGACAGGAAUGUAGUUGCUCAACUUGUGAGAAGAGCUGAGAGGGCUGGGUUCAAGGCUAUUGCCCUUACUGUUGACACACCCCGAUUGGGACGUAGAGAAGCUGAUAUCAAGAACAGGUUUGUUUUACCACCUUUUCUAACAUUGAAGAACUUUGAGGGUAUUGACCUGGGCAAGAUGGACAAAGCAAAUGACUCUGGCCUUUCCUCAUAUGUCGCUGGUCAGAUUGAUCGAUCCCUGAGCUGGAAGGAUGUUGCGUGGCUUCAGACAAUCACCAGCCUCCCCAUCCUUGUGAAGGGUGUAAUUACAGCUGAGGAUGCAAGACUGGCCGUUCAACAUGGGGCAGCUGGAAUUAUUGUAUCCAACCAUGGAGCUCGCCAACUUGAUUAUGUUCCUGCUACUAUAAUGGCUCUUGAAGAGGUUGUCAAAGCAGCACAAGGUCGCAUUCCUGUUUUCUUGGAUGGUGGUGUUCGUCGUGGAACUGACGUUUUCAAAGCAUUGGCAUUGGGUGCAGCUGGAGUAUUUAUUGGAAGGCCCGUGGUGUUUUCCCUGGCUGCAGAAGGAGAGGCUGGUGUUAAGAAAGUCCUUCAGAUGAUGCGCGAUGAGUUUGAGCUGACAAUGGCAUUGAGUGGUUGUCGUUCCCUCAAAGAAAUCUCGCGCAGCCACAUUGCUGCUGACUGGGACGGCCCUAGUUCUCGUGCUGUUGCCAGAUUAUAACAAGUUUAUAUAACUUGUGCACAAAUAAUGAAACCUAUGUUUGAGCAACGGAAAUGUAACAGCAUAUCCUUUUAAGUUUUUCUUUUUUUUUUCCUACUUAAAAAGUGCCUUCUUUUUCGUUCAAGAACUUCAUUUUUGAUGACUAUCAAUGGAUGCCUUAUGUAUUUUCAAAUGGCUACUCUGCCUUUCAUUGUAUAUUCUUCUUAUUUUCCCUUUUUUAAUAAAUACUUGAUAUAUCCAUAUAA